AUGUCACAACCAAUAGCGUCGACAUCAAGUCGGCCCGUACCUUCACCUCCGCCAAGAUCUCGCCGCAACUCUUCCUCUCAACCACCGAAAAAGUACCCCUUCUACCUCGGCGGAACUGCAGCUUCAAUAGCAGCCCUUUUCACUCACCCGCUCGAUCUCACAAAGACACGGAUGCAAACUGCCUCCGCACGGAAAAACAUGCUUUCACUCAUGCUCAAGACGCUCAAGCAAGAAGGGCCGCGUGGGCUAUAUGUCGGCUUGUCGGCAUCUUUGUUACGGCAAAUGACAUACAGUGUGACCCGUUUUGGAGCGUAUGAUCAGCUGAAGGAGAUCAUGCAGAAGAAGAAUGGAGAUGGAAAGGCGUUAGGACCGCUACAGAUGGCGCUGUGUGCCUCUGCGGCCGGUGCGGCUGGUGGGUUGGCAGGUAACCCAGCUGAUAUCUUGUUGGUGCGAAUGACGAGUGAUGUCAACAAGAAGCCAGCGGACAGGUACAACUACCCCAAUGCAAUCAGUGGGCUCGUGAGGAUGACAAAAGAGGAGGGUGUUGGGUCCUUGUUCCGCGGACUGGGGCCGAACACGGUACGAGCGGUGCUAAUGAACGCUUCGCAACUUGCGACCUAUGACGUUUUCAAGAACCUCCUCCUCGGAUCAGGAUACUUGUGCGAAGGUACUGCAUUGCAUUUCUCAGCGAGUUUCAUGGCUGGAACAGUGGCUACGACCGUUUGCAGUCCUGCAGAUGUUAUCAAGAGUCGAGUCAUGAACGCCGCUGGAUCAGCAGAUGGGAUUCUCAAGACACUGAGGAAGGAUCUGGGCAAGGAGGGGGUUGGCUUCUUCUUCAGAGGUUGGACACCGGCGUGGAUGAGGUUAAGUCCGAACACGAUUAUUGUCUUUGUCGUGUUGGAGAAGUUGAGAUUGCUGGUGGAUUACACUAGGGCUGGUAAGGUGACAAAGGAGGAGGGUGAGGCGAACGUUCAGGUCAAGGCAUAG